UGGACUGCUUUCUGUGAAAUAAAGUGGAUCCCUAUAGCAUGCAUGGAGCUUUAUCACAUUAAUAGGCAGCCACAAAGACUAGAUGAAUGCAACAAUGUGGACUGGGGCUAUAAUGUCAAGGACCCAAAAGCCUUUUGUUAUGAAAACCAUUGUGUUACCUCUGCUUUGUCUCCCGAUCAAUAUGAGUCCAUAUCAUUGAGUUCCUCUGACGAAGGCCAUGGUCUUAAGUUAUCUCAAGAUGAUUACAGCAAAGAGAGGAGGAAAGUUUGCUGCUUGGAAGAACUGGAAACCUCUUUUACAUAUGUCGAUGAAAAUGUCAACAUAGAACUUGUGACUCAUCCAACUUUUAGACACGACCAUGGGCACCAACCCCAGGCCUCAGAUAGAGAAAUCCAACAAGAUGGCAUUAAUGAAGCCUCCAUUAUGUCUGAUGAUGAAGCAACUUCAGAAGCUUCAGGAAAAAACGUAGAUUAUGGCUUCAUUAGUGCAGUGACUUUCCUAAUUACUGGAAUAAUGCUUGUUAUCAUUUCAUACCUGGUCCCCAGAGAUAACAGAUCUGAUCCAAAUUCCAUCCCAGCCAGGGAGAUGGAAAAAAUUGAGAAGAAAAAUGCUAUCAUCGGAGCUCAUUUGGAUAAAUGUGUAAUUGCUGGACUUUGUCUUUUAACUCUAGGUGGAGUUGUGUUGUCGAUUUUAUUGAUGAUAUCAAUGUGGAAAGGUGAACUCUACAGGAGGAAAGCAUUUGCUGCUAAAGACUCUGCAAAACUAUAUGGAUCAAUUAAUUUUAACCAUUCCAAGUCUGGUGGAACUGAGAAUACCUUGGUCCAAGAAGAAACAAUUGACAUAGUUACCUAAGUACCAAUGUUUUUAUGUGUUAAAAGUAAAAAACAUAGUUUGAUCAGUGAAAUAUACCAGAGGUGGAAAAAGGUGACUGUGGGAUAACAACAAGGAGACUGAGGUUGUGCCACCAUCCAUCACAGUUUUAUAUGAGGAGAAUGUGCAUUUAAUAGGAACCAGUCUUACCUCUCUGAGAUGGCUUGCGUAUCGAUUUUUUAAAUGUAUACACCCAGGCUGGAUACAGCUUUGGUUCUCAUCCCUGAGCUUAAGCAGCAGCCAGGUCAGCCUCUAUGGGGAUCUACCAGCUUGACAAUGGGCUGACAUUUCUACUGUUACUGGAAAAUAAUAUGACUAAAUGCUAGGAUAUACAGUUAUCUCUGAGAGGUAAGGCUUUGCUG